CAAGAUAAAAAGCAUCGUGGUGUGCAGCUAAGAGCAAUAGACCAGGCGAUAGCAAUGUAAGAAUCACCCUGUUUACUGUUCACCAACUACAGCAAGGCAGUAAAGCAAAUCAACCAGCUCCCCGAUCUGGACAAGAUCAGCUGUGAUCAGCAACUGUUACAGAAGUGAAAACCAGCUCAUCUCUGGUGUCCAGAAAUAGCAGCAUGAACGACAUCAAACUUGCCGUGUUAGGCAACGAAGGAGUUGGUAAAUCUGCUCUGAUCGUGAGGUUUCUGACAAAACGUUUUAUUGGAGAGUAUGCCUCUAACUCUGAGUGCAUCUACAAAAAACGUUUAUUUAUCGAUGGGAAGCAAACAAAUCUGGAAAUAUUUGAUCCUUGUUCACAACCUUCUGAAAGCAAGUCGUCAUUGAUUGAUCAGCUGAACUGGGCGGAUGGAUUUGUUGUGGUUUACAACAUUGGUGACCGCUCCAGCUUUGCCUCUGCCAAAACACUCAUCCACCGGAUAAGAGAAUUGCAUGGUGAAGUGUGCAAAAGGGACAUCACCUUGGUGAUAUUUCUGGUUGGCAAUAAGCAAGAUCUGUGCCAUGUCAGAGAGGUGCAGGAGGAGGAGGGACACAUCUUAGCCGGGGAGAACAAAUGCCACUUUUUUGAACUGUCUGCAGCAGAACAUCACCAAGAGGUCACGGUGAUGUUUUCGAAGGCCAUCAAGAACGUAAACUCCAACCGCAGGAGACGUCCCAGUGGCUCCAAAUCAAUGGCCAAGCUGAUUAACAACGUUUUUGGUAAAAGACGAAAAUCUGUGUAGCAUACUGGCCUGCUGUAAUGAGUACGAAAUCCCCACUGAAGUCUUACCUACCAUUUCCCCCUUUCCUCUUUGCUGCGAUCCGCAAGUGAACUGUAAAAUGAACUCUCCUCCAAUGGCUAAGUUGGUAAAGCCAGAAGGCCCCAGGUUCAGUGCCUGGUCUGCUCUGAGUAAGUUGAUCGCAGCUGAGGAUACAAUAGCGGUGUUGGCAGUGGGAAUCAGUGAGCCUGGGUUAGGGACGUGAAAAUCAUCCAGGGUUCCAUUCCUUAUUGAAGUUCAGUAAUCCCUGUUGAAAAUACGUAGCAUAUUGGUUAGCCCUCUCGCCUCGCAAGCGAGAGGACCUGGGUUCGAUUCCCGGGCAGGGCGAAACGUGAGGCAAGUUUCCUUACUCCACACGCCUCGGUUUACCUCGCAGUAAGUAGGAACCCGGUUGUUAGAAGAUUGCUUUGGCGGAUCGCUGUUCCGGGGCUAAUAAUCCCUCCAAAAAAUAAAUAAAUAA